CAGUUCCCUGUUGGUGUGAGGUGGUACAAUGAAGGAACGAUGGCUGCCUGCAUCAGAGUAAUAUGGAUGAGAAUGACCACCUUGACAGCCGCUAUUCAUAAUGGGUCUGCUCUCCUGAACGCUUUCUUUGCCAAAACACACUAAUUUCCCUGUUUCGUCCCAUCUGUAGAGACCAAGUGUUGUGUUUGCAUCAGUCUGCUUGCUAGCUCCGCGCUAUGUUUCUACCCACAUCAACUCUCUUUAAUUGACCUGACCGAUAUCACUCAUAACAUGGCCAUCACACAGUUUCGCCUUUUUAAAAUAUGCACCUGCUUGGCAUCUAUUCUGUCAUUCUUGAAAAGACUGAUUUGUAGGGCUGGAAGGUCACGCAAGCUAAGCGGGGAUCAGAUCACCCUUCCGACCACAGUUGAUUAUUCCUCUGCAUCAAAACAGUCGGAGAUUGAGGAGUGGAGCUCAUGGGAUGAGGAAGCUCCCACCAGUAUCAGAAUUGAAGGUGGUAACGGGAUAGUUCCACCUCCACAGAAUGAAGCUGAAGAAGAAGAGCCAGACUACUUCAAAGACAUGGCUCCCACCAUCAGGAAAACACAAAAGAUUGUCUUGAAGAAAAGGGACCCUCUGAAUUUCUCUAUGCCAGACAGCUCCUCAGGUUUCUCCAGCCGACUAGCUGCCACUCAGGACAUGUCCUUCAUCCAGCCCUCUGCAGAGCUGGGGGACCUUGACACCUGGCAGGAGGACACCAAUGCCUGGGAGGAUGAGGCAGAUGCAGCCUGGGAGGCAGAGGAAGUGCUGAGGCAGCAGAAGCUGGCUGAGAGAGAGAGACGUGCCAUAGAGCAACAGAGGAAGAAAAUGGAGAAAGAGGCACAGAGAAUGAUGAAAAAAGAACAGAAGAUUGCUGUCAAACUUUCAUAACAUUAAUACAGUGCACCGGACACUCAAAGCAACAGCCAAACAACUGUUCAUAUUACAUUUUACCUGGUUUUGUCCUGCCCCCACCAUACUACUGUCUUCACCUCUUUGGGAUAUUUUUUAGUCCAUCAGCCAUAUUAGGGAUUUUUUAUGUUUAUUUCUUUGGGUUUUCGUUUUGUAUUGGACUGAACACAGCACAAAGAAUCUUCCCUUUUGUUUUUGAGGUAUUGUGACUGUUCUUACUGUGCGCUUGAUGAA